GCUAUUUUGGUUGACACAAGUUCCCCUGUUUACUCUGGGAGCAUGGGAGCGGACAUCAGAACGGUGGUUCUUGCAUUGCGGAUCUCCAUUUUCAAACCUUGCCAUCGUAAAGUCUGUUUUCAAGCCGGGAAGAAGGCAAAUUUUGAGCCAGCUCAGUGACUUAGAAAGAAUCUAAUCUCAACAUGCAGAGCUCCAGGUCAAUCCUGUUCCAGGUGUGUUUGAGUCUGGUGGUUUCUAUUGGUUCCUGCACCUGCAAACCUCUCAAUAAUGACAUCCAGAGAGAGGACCCUGAGGGACACUACUCACAGCUAUCAGAGGAGGACCUUCUGGAGGAGGAAGACACCGACUCCAGGAUCGAGAACCUCCUGGGAACCAUGAAGGAGGGUUUUUUGAGGAAACUCAACCUGUCAGAUGUUCCUCAGGAGCACAGCAAGAUCUACCCUCCUCAGUUCAUGAUGGAGCUCUACAACAAGUACGCCUCGGACAGCUUGGCAAUCCCUCAGUCUGAUGUCAUACGAAGCUUCACUGUCCAAGAUAUCACUCUCUCUCUAACAAAUGGCACAAAGUCAAAACACAGACUGCAGUUUAACGUCAGCAUCCCCAACCAUGAAAAGAUCACUACUGCUGAACUACAGCUCUUCUUCUUCCCAGAUCCCAGGUCAAGGGUCACCUCCCACAGUUUCAAGGCCACGGUCAAAGUCUAUGAAGUGGAUUACAACGAUUUCACAUCCGCCACCCAAUUACUGGUUGGCAAAGAGGUGACAGGCUCACAGAGCACGUGGGAGACGUUGGAUGUGACCAGAGCUUUUCAGAGCUGGAUCAAGUUGGGCCAUGGAGCAACUUUUUUUGAUGUAGUGGUGGAUAGGAAGAUCUGUGGGUCUUCUAAUGAUGGAGAAGAAGGAGCAGGCUGUUUAAAUAUGAGCUUGUCUGUUGGAGAUAGCACUUCAGCAGCGUUAAUAGUGUUCUCAGAUGACUUGGGUAGCAGGAGGAGGGAGACAAAGAAGGAAUUAAGAGAGAUGAUCCUCCACGAAGAAGAAACCAUCUUGCACUCGGGUGCCGACUGGAAUAGAGGAGAUCAGCUUCCAAAUGAGAUCUCGGAGGCCCAGCAUCCACGGAGACAGAAACGAAAGGCAGAGAGGGAAUACUGCCGACGGACCUCUCUCAAGGUCAACUUUAAAGACAUCGGCUGGGACAGCUGGAUCGUGGCGCCUCCAGAAUAUGACGCGUUUGAAUGUCGAGGCCUGUGUUACCACCCGCUGACGGACGAGUCGACCCCGUCAAAACACGCCCUCAUCCAGACGUUGAUCAACAUCAGGAAUCCCAAGAAGGCCAACAUGGCGUGCUGCGUUCCCAUCAGACUAGACCCCAUCACAGUCAUGUAUCAGGAGAAUGGACGCCUCACUAUAAGAUACCUUUAUGAAGAGAUGAAGGUGGCAGAGUGUGGCUGCAGGUAGUCAGAGUGAAUUAAUUUGCUCUGGUGGUAGCACAGAUGAUUAUAAUGGUUCUAAUGCUGCAUUUCAUUCAUGUCAGUCCGAUUUUCAUGCGCUCUAUUGGUCCAGUAGAGGAAAUGUAGACGCAUCCUACUAGCGUGUUAGCAUGCGAACAUUUGCUAAUCAGCACUAAAUACAAAGUACAGCUGAGGUUGAUAGUAAUAUCAUUUGUUUUGCAGUUAAUUAGUCAAACCUAAACCUGAUGUAUUAAAGGUGCCGUAGAAUAGCCCACUCAUUUUCAGGUUCAUACUAGGAUCUCUACUAGAAAAUGUUUACAUGCUUUAAUGUUCAAAAAAACACAUUAUAUUUUCAUAUUUUCCACUGCUUCAGCAUUUCUUUUCACCCUCUGUCUAAACACUCUGAGCUUCUGUCUCUUUAAGGCCCCAAUCCCUGAAAGCCCACUUGCUUCAGAUUGGCCAACUUUCCCAAGCACAACAGAGGGGCGGGACUUGAUUGUUAAGGCCUGCUGUGUGAGACUGAUUAAUUACUGUACAAAAACACAACUUCAUUUAACUUUAUUCACUGGUUUUGGUGAAACUGAAUCAGAUUUGAUGGUUUUCUCUCUUAUGUCUUCCGGGGGCUCUGCCUUCACUUUUGGUGAAGAGUUUGUAUGUUGCUGGUUACUUUAGCCGCUAACUACUGCUAUCAGCAGCCCUGCUAGCAACUCAUUUAGCCGUGCAGCUAGCCGUCCUAUUGCUGAUUCUGCCCAGACUUGAAGCUUGGUGCUCCUGGGGUGUGUUGGUGUUUAUCUUUAAAUCAGUACAGAAGCUUUGGACUGCUGGUUCAGAUACAGCCAGAGGACAUCAGAGGGAAAAACAAAAAAUAUUUACCUUUCCUUCAUAACCGUAAAAGUACUUUCUGUAAGACAUAGGCUACUGAACAACCUCUAGCUCUUGCUUGAUGAGCUCAUAUGACACUCUUCUCUGGAAAGUGGGCUGGUAUAUGUAAAUUGUGGGGGUGUGAAUAUUAAGGAGCCCAGAUGCACGUCACAUCUAGCACUUGUUGGCAUUCGCCCACUUUUCCGGGGUCUAUUGCGUGCGCAAUAUUUACAUAUGAAAGAGGAGACUAUGGUGACUGAGGCUCACAGUAUGUCAGUUCCAUGUACUGAACUAUUUUCAUUCAAGGUAAAUACAGUUUUCCAUUCUAUGGCACCUUUAAGUAAGUAAGUAAGUGAGGAAAUAGAAGACCAAAAGAAGUUUUAACCUGAUGAUGGCGCUAGAUGAAAAGCUAAUAAAAUUCAUCGACUGGAGAUCAUGAAUGUGUCUACCAAAUUUCACAGCAAAUCCAUCCGAAAGCUGUCAAGAUAUAUAUAAAUAAAAUGUCAACUUCAUGGUAUCAGGGAAAAAGUCAGGGAAUCACCAAAGUCAAUAGGACUCAUCCUCUGGAGGCCACGAAUGUCUGCACAAAACGACUUGAAAACAACUAUUGAGAUAUUUCGGACUGGACCAAAGAGGUGGACUGAUUGACUGACCUACCAACAGACCGAUAUUGCCAUCCCUCAAGCCAUGCUGCUAGCAUGGCUAAGAAUAUAGUGGUUAUGCUCUACUGAAAUUAAACAUACUGUAUAUAUAUAUAUUUGACAAACAUAGCGUGAAAUAAUGCUAAGUUGCAUUUACACUUGAUGCUAUUCCUUUAAAUGUAUUGCUAACAAAAAGUUUGAAAAUCAAAAAUAGUGAUAUGUCUGAAAUGCAGCAAAACAUCCUCAACAGGUGAAUUACAUACACCUCAAUCCAGAUCCCCAUUUCUGCCCCCUUGUUCGUCCCUGUGACAAAAAAUAUAUAAUAAAAUAAAUAAUAAAGAAGUCUAAGGAGUAUAUUAAAACUCCCUUGUUAAAGCAAAAUCUUUCUGGCACAACAUGGUAUCCAUCUUCUCAUACUGCCAGACUGCUGGGAGUAGGACAGGACAAAAACUCAAAUAAAAAACUUUGUGUUUUCCACUGUACAUGCUGGUGCUGAAAUUAUUUCUAAUAAAAUCCUGUGGCUUUUAUGUAAUAAAUUAUGUUUUUUAGUAUUACACACCAGCAAGCAGAAAACCAAAGAACCCAAACAUCUUUAACAUCUGCUUAUCCAUUUUAAUGUAAAUCUGUACAUUCGCAUUGUAGCUGUAAUUUGUUUAUAUUAAAUAUAUUUAGUAGUAGUCUGUAAGUUACUGCUAUACAGACUUGUACAGAAUAGUCAGCUUGUACAUGCAUGUCACAUUGCUGAUGUUGCAUCCACCACAAGAGAAACUGUCAUGACAGUUCUGUGUUGCUAUGCUGUAACAAACUCCUACCAUUGACAUCUAUAUAAGGCUGAUAUUCCUUUUAUAAAAAAAAACAUCCAGAAUUUGAUUGAUAUAACCUGCAGUUUCAAUCCACCAAAUCUAUAAUAAAGCUGCUACCCCUAAAAAGUGUCUAGAUUCCAGUGGGGAGUUUUUAUUGUACUGUAUGUCUCAUGAUGUCUGCAUUUUGUUUCUGAGGCUUUUCCUACACUGAAAUAAAUAAAAAUAGUCACAAAA